AUGUCGACGAUGAGCUACGAGCUCAAAGAGGUGCACGAGCUCCGAGAAGCAUUAGAAAACUUUGAGGACAACACCGGGGAAUCCCUCAACUUCAAUUUCGACGGCAAAGAAUGUAACUGGGACAACGUUCUCGCCGAGCUAAAACGCGCCCUGGAGGCGGACGAAGAGCGAGCGAAAAAUGGCAUCACAAAGCAUGAGCUUUACGUUGUGCAUGGAGGGCUUACUAUUAUCUUUGGUGUAGAUGAACUGUUACGUCGGCAGCAGUCGCUGCAGGAUACGUUAGACGCCAUCUCGGGCAAGAACGGUCUCUUCCAGUUUGUCGUUGAAAUGUUAAACAAUCCUCGACUCAACAUGGCCCCUCCCCCAGAAUACACCCCAGCCGUGUACCCCCCGGCAAGAGCAAACGAGAAGGUGCUCACUGCUCUCGAGCUCCUCAAUCUCCUUGAUAUCCAGCUGCUCGGGCCCAUCGAAGAGGAGACUCAAAUUCUCCGCCGUGGUAGCUCUAUUGAUGAUGCCCCCCUUAGCCGCGCAUCAUUUAGAACCCUCCUCUUCUCCCAACAGCCCGGCGUCGUCCUCGUCGACGCAUGCAGCGACCGAGCACAGGGGGGCAGUAGCGUGACACCCGUUUCCGUCAUCUGCGCGACCCUCACACAGGCACUGCGCCGGGGUGGAUACGGCCCUGCGCUCUCGCUCGCUUUGCCCACAUCUGCGUCAACGUCAGUGAUCUUGGUCUUCUUCUGCGGGCUCCACAUUGCCACCGAAGAUCCCCUCCGGGGCCCUCUUGGGCUGGUGAGAAGUCUGCUUGCGCAGUUGGCGCUGGAGCUGUUGAAGAAUAGGUGGGUUACGGAGGAAGGGCCGAUGGGGGUGCUGCCGGAUGAGAGUAUGGAGGAGGGGUUGUAUCUGGCCGAUCUGUGUGGCUUGUUCCAUAACUUGUUGCAGCUGGUGCCGGCGGGGACGUCGGUGUACUGUAUCGUGGAUGGAAUUUCGUCGUAUGAGAGAGAGUUCUGGAGUGAGGACUACGGGGUGGUGAUGGGGGCGUUUGCUAGGAUUGUGCGGGAUGAGGGGUUAGAAGCUUGGUUCAAGCUGUUGAUGACGGGUCUGGCUUCGAGUCCAGGGCUGGAUAGGUGGAUGCCACACCAGAGGGUGUCGGUGGGGAGUGGGAGGGUCGGGGGAGGGUCCGUACAACGGGCAAUGAGGGCUGCGUUUAGGGAUGUGAACUUGAACGAUGACUACUACUAG